AACUUACAAACUCCAGCAACGACCUCUCCCUCUUGCUCUUGCUCUCUCUCAAUGGCGAACCCUUCCUUCUUUCUCUUCUUCUUCUUCCUCCUUGUGGUGACGUCUUCCGCUAGAGCUCCACCGCAAGACCCGGAGCUAAUUGUCAAAGAACUGGAGAGGGAGAUCAAUGGAUCUAGGAGGGAGCUGGGAUACCUCUCCUGCGGCACCGGAAACCCGAUCGACGACUGCUGGAGGUGCGACCCCAAUUGGGAGGCCAAUCGGCAGCGGCUCGCCGACUGCGCCUACGGGUUCGGCAAGAAUGCACUUGGAGGAAAGAAUGGCAAGACCUAUGUUGUUACAGACAGUGGGGACGACGACCCGGUGAACCCAAAGCCCGGCACCCUUAGGUACGCGGUGAUCCAGAACGAGCCACUGUGGAUCAUCUUUGCCCGGGACAUGGUCAUACAGCUCAAGGAGGAGCUCAUCAUGAACUCAUACAAGACCAUAGAUGGCCGCGGUGCAAGCGUCCACAUAGCCAAUGGACCAUGCAUCACCAUCCAGUAUGUCACCAACAUCAUCAUACAUGGGGUUCACAUACAUGACUGCAAGCAAGGGGGGAACACCUACGUUCGGGACUCGCCGGAGCACUACGGGUACAGGACCAUAUCGGACGGCGACGGCGUCUCCAUAUUCGGGUCAAGCCACAUCUGGGUCGACCAUUGCUCCCUCUCCAACUGCCAUGAUGGGCUCAUUGAUGCCAUCCAUGGCUCCACUGCCAUCACCAUCUCCAACAACUACAUGACCCAUCAUGAUAAAGUCAUGCUUUUGGGUCACAGUGACAGUUAUACACAGGAUAAAGAUAUGCAGGUUACCAUCGCCUUUAAUCACUUUGGUGAAGGCCUCGUUCAAAGGAUGCCUAGGUGCAGACAUGGAUAUUUUCAUGUUGUGAACAACGACUACACUCACUGGGAGAUGUAUGCUAUUGGUGGAAGUGCAGCCCCCACCAUUAAUAGCCAAGGAAACAGAUUUCUUGCACCUGAUAACACGUUUAGCAAAGAGGUGACGAAGCGAGAGGAUGCACCGGAGAGUCAAUGGAGCCAUUGGAACUGGAGGUCGGAGGGCGACCUGAUGCUCAACGGAGCCUUCUUCACUCCGUCCGGCGGCGGCGCGUCGUCCAGCUACGCCAAGGCUUACAGUCUCAGCGCGAGGCCGUCGUCGCUAGUCGGCACUAUCACGACGUACGCCGGAGCUCUGAACUGCCGGAAAGGAAGCCGGUGCUAGGCAUGGCGACCGAGAGAUCAAAUUAAGAAGCGCUACAACAAUUAGAUGCCAUACAUAAGGAGUACAAAGAUUAUAUAACUAUACGUAUAAAUAGCUAUCCUGCUCUUUUCCUUUAUUGAGUGGCUUUGGGGAGAUUUGCGCUUUUUAAGAUUUACUGUCUGUAAUUCCAACCUCGUCCUGCUGCCCUUCAACCAUUACUGAACAGAUUUGGUGGUAGUGGUGGUGAAUCUGGUGAAGACUAAUGGGAAGAAAAGGCACAAUGGGGACGAAGAGUUGAUGUUGACUGUCUCAAGAGUGGUAGUGGUGCUAACUACCAACGGUGGAAGUUUCUGCACCGUAUUGUACUCUUGAAAGCUCUGAUAUAAUCUAUAUAUUUAUUAUUCUUCGAA